AUGUCAAAGUUAUGUAAUCAGCUCAAGAAAGUUGGACAAGAUAGAUUGAUUCUAAAAAUUGAAUGGGAUGGAUUAAAUGAAGCAGAAGAUGAACCGGUUAAAGCCAGGAUCAAGUGUUUUUCUAAGGCUGUGACUGUUAUAGGUCCUAACGUUCAGCAUAUGGUAUUCGGUAAUCGAACGACUCAAUUCGAAUUAAAAGUCCACAAGAAGAAUGUUAAUGUGCAAUGUCGAUUUGGAGUAAUAGAUAUAAUUAAAUUCAAGAACUUUAUCGGUUUUCGAACUUGA